AUGGGUUGCUGUGCGAGCACAGGAAAUGGCAAGUUCUCACCCCAAAGCCACAAGCUUCAGGCUCCGAGAUCCGACAGCCGAGCUGACCCACCACCAUCGGCGGAGGAGGAGACUGUCAAGGAAGUUCUCUCGGAAACUCCCAGGCCAAGACCGAAGCUUGAAGACGAACUCGAAGACGAAGAACAAGUGAAGAAGAAUAUCCCAAACCCCAAGCCCUUACCAGUUCUCUACCCCAUUAUCAAACUGAGCAAGGAGGAGAAGACGAAGAUCCAGAAGACGGCGCCGUUUUACCACCACACGGCGGAGGAGGAGAUCUCGGAGGAGGUCUCUGAGAUUUGUAGCUUGAGGAGCGAGAGCGUCUCCGCCACCACGACUCUUACCCGAGACGACAACGACGACGACGAAGUAAUCGGUAAUGGUGCUGCUAAUAGAGUUUACAGGUCGCCAUUGAAGCUACCUAACAAGAACCGAUCGUUUUCGGGUGAUUUGGGAAGAGUUGGCAAGUCCCCGACGAGGAGAUCGAACCAAUCUCCAGGCAGGAGAAACGGGUCGGGUCGGAUGGUUCAGGGCAGAGACCACCCAGCUCAGAACAUGAACCGUCGUGGGUUGAGGACGGCGAAUACGACGGAGCAUCCUCCGCCGCCGCACUACCAGCGACGGGACUACUCCGGUGAAGGGUCUGCUCCUCGAAGGUCAAGGUCCCCUGCUACUAGAUCAAACAUGGGUCGGAGCCCAUCAGCCGGAAGAGCGGGUAGAUCACCGGGUCGGGGCGGGGCGGGGCAUAUUGACCCGAGAAUGGAGGAGGGGAAGUGGCCACCGGCUAGAACAACUACGAAUAAUUCUACUACUACAGAUGAGUCACUUGAUAACCCUUUAGUUUCCUUGGAAUGUUUCAUAUUUCUAUGA